UCUAAUUGACAGUGACAGCUCGUAGCACAAUCUCGAAAGUGGUGUUGUGUUUGGUUUUUGUGAAAACCACUAUUUCUACUGUAAAAUAAGCAAGAAAUAAUUAAUAAUCACACUGGUUUCUGUAAAAAAGACUAUUCUUAGUGCAAAAUAAUGUUGAAGAUUUAAUUCUGAGAGAUUAUACUUGGUGCGAUGGAUCUCCGCGGGGGCUCACGUAUUUUCGUGGUGUUGUUGUUUUUUGCAUCCUGUAAUAUCGUAGAAUGCUUGAACUAUGAUGUGCAUUGGUUAGAAGGGACAACUACAAUAGAGAGAGAAGCUCCAUCUUCUAUGAAACAAAAAGUUGAUAUUUACUGCUUUCCUGGGAUAUCAAAAAAUCUGCUAGCCCUAUUCCAGACAGUCAAAUUCCACGUGAAAACAAAAAGCAAUGAUGAGUUCAGCCAGUAUGUUGGGACGAACCCAGAGGAAGUGUUCAAGGACUACACCGAGGACAGUUACGGCUGGUCGUCCGUCAUCAGUCCGUUUCAACGGAGAGCUCAGAAGUCGUUGUAUCUGGAUCUGUUCACUCCCACAUGCAUGGCCAUUAAUACUAAACAGAGGCACAGCAUUGAGUUGCAAGUUAUAAGAGUAGAUAUCUGGAGGGUGCUCCUGAUGAUCCUCGGACUAGUGAUCAUCCAUUCGUCAAAGGCCCUGAGUGGGAACACGGUAUUCUUCUACUUAUGUGGCAUCUUCAUUGGAGUGUUUGCAUCCUUUAUGGUCAUUGUUUACUAUGUCAGUAAACUUUUGCCAAAAAAAACCCUAACCUACGGCAUCCUGAUCGGCGGCUGGACAGUCGGCGUCUACGUGUUCCAGCAAGUCUGGGAGAAUCUGCGUACGAUCGUGGCGUCGUACCAAACAUACAUGUUCUGGUACACCACGAUCGUCAGCUUCGUCAGCUUCCUCAUCUGCUAUAGAAUCGGCCCGCCUAGAAACGAGCGGAGCAAGAAUAUUGUUAUGUGGACUUUGCAGGGGGUGGGCAUGAUGACGGUGUUCUUCAGCAGCGACUACCGGGAGGCGUCGGCGGCGGUGGUGCUGGUGUCUCUAGCUGUUAAAUACUUCCCCGAGUCCUUGCUUCGUAUUGUUAGGGGAUAUUGGCUCCGCAAAUUCCCCCCACAAAGGCGCCUUCUCACUAACGAAGAGUAUUACGAGGAAGGGGCUCGAGAGACAAAGAAGGCUCUGGAAGAGUUACGCAAGCACUGCGCCAGCCCCGACUGCGCACAGUGGUCGAUCAUGCUCAAGCUGCACGACUCGAGACGGUCGACCCCCCGCCCCGCAAACUCGCCCUUACCAUCGCCCACAGUUCGUUACACAACACCCAAAAUUAACAAAUUCGCCAGCUUCGUCGAAGGUAACUCCCAUUUGUCCGACGAGGAGAUCAUGGACUUCGAAUCCUACGCUUUCUCCAUGGACUCGGCUCGUAAAAGGCCCGUCGCGAACUCUACCGGCAACGGUCUUGAGAUAUCCGACGACGACGAAAUAUCGGACGACGAGCUUUAGGCCCAGUUUCCACUACAGUGAAGCGGAGCGGAGAUGAGAGAUGUACGGCGAAGCGGGCAGGCUAUUUCCACCAAAGCGGACCGGAGAAGAGCGGAGAGAUGUGUGAGCUGUGCGAAGCUGUCAGCUAUCAGUCUGAACCACUGUUCUGCUCCGCCUUGGUAAAAACUGGGCCUUAGUCCCAGAACAGACGUUGAAACGCAACUGCAACUUUCUGAUGAUUCUUAUGAAUGAAACUGAAACUGAAAGUUUCAAAC